UUCAGUUUUUCAGCUGUUCGGGUUCAUACCGCUUUUCUCCAAAAUUUUCCGAUUGUAUUUGAUAACAUAGAUUAUAACACUGAAACUAAAAUCUAGCAUAAAUAGAUUUCUAAAUGAAAAGAUAGUUAAGUGUAGAACAUUGUUUUAGUUAGAUUGCAGCUAUGGAUCCGUUUAUUAUUGCUGCUAUAAUUAGCGCUAUUGUUAUCGUUUUGCUCUCUGUUGCAUUCGUACGAGUGGGAUCGCAAGUCAAACCUCAAGCUGGAGCAAGACCUAGAGCAGUGGCCCAGAGAGAUGGAGGGCCAGGGAGAGUGCAAGCAGUCCGCAAUCAAAGAGCUCGGAUGAGAGCAAAUGCUGCUCGACACCAAGCUGCUGCAUUUGAAGAGGAACCAGAUGUUGUCGAGGAGGCUGAUGAAGAGAAUGCACCAGAAACACAAAAAGUUGAAUUCAAUGAUAACAUGGGUGCUAAGAAAAGAGCAAAGCUAGAAGCUAAAAUGGAAAAGAAGAAGGCUAGAGAAGCAGAGGAACAAAUGAGAGAGAUGAAGAAGAAAAAAGAUGAGGAAUUAGAACAAGAAAGGAAAAAGGUUGAAGAAAAACAAGAGGAAGAGGAACGUCAGCGAGAGGAAGCCGAACGCAAAGCUGAGGAGGAACGCAAGAGGCGUGAACAAGAGGAGUAUGAAGCUAUGAAAGCAGCUUUCACAGUUGAAGGGGAAGGUUUUGAUGAGAAUGAUGAACAGGACAAAGAGAACAUGCUUAAAGAUUUCAUCGACUACAUAAAGGCACAAAAAGUUGUUCUGCUAGAGGACUUGGCUGCACAUUUUAAAUUGAAAACUCAAGCUGCCAUUGAUAGGAUAACUGAUUUGCAGUCAUCUGGUGAACUUACUGGUGUCAUAGAUGACAGGGGAAAAUUCAUUUACAUUUCACAGAAAGAGCUAGAAGAUGUAGCCAAGUUCAUUAGGCAAAGAGGAAGAGUGUCCAUCACGGACCUGGCAGAAUCUAGCAAUGAUUUGAUCAACCUGAAUCCUGUCACUGUACCCUAGUCAACUCUAUUGAUGCUAAGAUGUAAAUGUUGAAUGUAUGUCUAUUUUUUUAUGUUUUAUUCAUUUAUUAUUUAGGUGUACAAAGACAAAUAUUUAUAUUGUUAAUACAAACAUUUAUUUAAAAAUGAAAAAAUUACAUGCAUU